AUUUCUAUUCUUGAUUGUGCUUACAAUGGUGUCCGUUAAAACAAACUCUUCGACGAUAUUAAAUAAAACGGUUUUGAUUCUAUUUUCUGUGCUAUUUAUUUCUUUAGUCCAAGUAAUUUUCGGCUUUUACGUAUACAAACUUGCAAAGAUCAAUUUCCGAGAAGAGUUCCUAGAGGAAGUACGUAAUGACGUUUGCAAGACGAAGUUUAAACAAUUAUUUGGUCAGGAAGAGUAUUUAAAAGAUAUUUGCAACGGAAUAGUUUUCAACCGUAAAGGGCUCCCAUCUAGUGGGCAUAGACACCCCAUCUCUAAAAGAGGAAUACCUCUUCCUUUGCCUCUCCCUCUACCUCUACCUCUACCUAUUCCUCUACCAUCCUUUGAUUUAUCUGAAUUGUUUAGUUUUAGCGGAUCAACUCAACUUGUCGUUUACCAUCCGACACGUGACGAUGAUUGCCCACCAGGCCCACCAGGUCGUCCAGGCUUUCCUGGUUCAUCUGGUCCAAGAGGAGACCCAGGACCCAAAGGUAUUCGAGGAGUUGUUGGUGACAAGGGUGAACGCGGGAAUGAAGGUUCAGACGGGAUUGAAGGUGCGAAAGGAAGUAUCGGAGAAAAAGGUGCAGUUGGUGAAAAAGGAGCUGUUGGCCCAUCAGGGGCGCCUGGGACACGCGGAGAAUCAGGAAAAAUUGGCGCUCCUGGUCAAAAAGGUGAACCUAGCGAUGCUGGUAGAAAUGGCGAAAUUAUUAAUAAAACACUUUCACUAUCAGGGAGAGAUGGCGUGAAAGGAGAGCCAGGUGUUCCAGGUGCUCCGGGACAAGAGGGUAGACCUGGGCCUUCAGGUACACCAGGACAUGCUGGAAAGGAAGGAAAGGUAGGACCGCCAGGGGAAAAAGGCGAACAAGGCGGCAAUUAUUGUUUGAAUGUGUAAGCCAAAGGGAAAUAGAUGUACAAACUGGACAGAAAGGUGAAGUGGGAGAUCAAUGAGUUGACGGAACCGAUUUUACGGUAGAGAUGGGCAACCCAUGAAUUCCAAUUGAAAAAAGCAACAAUGACCUUUGCGAUCGCUAGCCUUAGAUGUAAAAUGUAAAAGUACUUCCCACUGUCCAUUGUAUGAACUUAUUGUUUAGAAUAUAAUAUAUUUU